AUGGAGUCGUCUUCUUCUUCUUCCCCUUUGAAAAUCUACUUCAUCCCCUUUCUCACUCCAAGCCAUAUGGUUCCUCUGUUCGAGCUCUCUCGCCUCUUUGUCGCACGUGGCCACCACGUGACAAUCCUUACCACCCCUUCCAACGCUCGCUCUCUUCAGUCUUCGGCGGUCUCCGAUCACAGUCAUCUUCUUCGUUUUCAAUGUGUUCAGUUCCCUUCCAGAGAGGUGGGUUUGCCCGACGGCCUUGAGAAUCUCUUCCAGGCCACCGACUUCGAUAGCGUUCUCAAGUUCUUUCAAGCCUUCGGCAUCCUCCAGCAGCGUAUGGAGGAUUUCAUGGAAUCUGACCCCCCGAUUGCAUUGUAUCUGACUCCUUCUUCCCCUGGACCUCCGACUUCGCCAACCGAUUGCAAAUUCCCAGGUUGGUUUUCGACGGAUACUCUGUUUUUGCCGUCUCUUUGA